CCGGAGCCUGAUGGGCAUUCUCCUGCUGGGCUGCUUGCUGACCUGUCUACUGUACCGACCCACUAUCACUUGGCUCCUUGUCCUGGCCAAGCACUUCCAGGCGGAGCACAAACAAGACGUUACCGUGCUGGUCUGGCACUGGCCAUUUGACCAUCCCUUCAAACUGAACUCCUGCAGGUCCCUGUAUAACAUUGAAGGCUGUCACCUGACAGACGACAGAGAGCUGUACAGUCAAGCGGACGCUGUUCUCAUCCACCACCGAGAAAUCAAAGAGGAUUUAUCCAACCUGCCCCAAGAACCACGGCCCUCCUUCCAGAAAUGGGUGUGGAUGAAUUUCGAAUCGCCGGCACACACGAAUAGAAUACCUGGCUUGGAAGAUCUGUUUAAUGUGACUUUGAACUACAGGCAGGAUGCAGACAUCAACAUGCCUUAUGGCUCUCUCGUCCUUCGGACUAAAGAGAAGGAGGAGUUUGUCCCGCACAAAAACCGACUGGUCUGUUGGAUCGUUAGCAACUGGAAGCCAGAACACAAGAGGACUUGGUACUACAUGGAGCUGCGCAAAUUCAUCAGGAUUCACACCUACGGGAACCCUUUCAAUAAAAAGGUGUCUCUUAGUGAAUACAGAAUAAUUGUGGCCAGCUGUAAAUUCUACCUGUCUUUUGAGAACUCUGUCCAUAAGGACUACAUCACAGAAAAACUCUACAACGCUCUCAAGUUGGGCGCCGUUCCUGUGGUGAUGGGCCCAUCAAGAGAGAACUACGAGAAGUUCAUCCCUGGAGAUUCCUUCAUCCAUGUGGAUGACUUCCGCUCGUCAAGAGCCCUGGCCAAACACCUCCUCUUACUGGACAAGAAUGAGGAGAUGUACCGUAAAUACUUCAAGUGGCAGAGGAUCCACACAGUUAGCAUCAACGACUUCCCCAUUCAGACAGCCUGCAACAGCUGUGAAUACAUCAGAUGCCACCCUGAGAAUCAGAUGGUUACUGAGCUCUAUAAAUGGUUCUGGGAGGAAGGAUGAUGAGACACUUGGAGCGAAUCUAUUACAAAUCUACAAUAUCUACUUCUUCCAUAAUCAGGGAUGGGGAAAAAACUGAGCAAAAUGUAUCUUUUACACAAUGGCAAAAGUGCCAAAAAUUAUAUUUC